AUGUCAGGAAGAAACAAUUGUCCUCCCACUAAUGCUGAGUUGGCUGCACGACUUCAGCAACUCACAGAACUGACCCAAACCUUAGGAGCUGCUUUGUUGAACAACAACAACAACAACAAUGGAAACAACAAUCCUGACUAUGCUAAGAAAGUUGCCAGUAGAAACCCACCUUACUUCCAAGGUGAAGAGGACCCUAGUAUCCUAGAAAACUGGAUCCGUGAAUUUGAUAAACUGUUUGAGGCUAUAGGGUGCCCUGAGGAAGAGAGAAUCCCUUCUGCAACCUAUUAUCUUAAGGCAGAAGCUGAUAUUUGGUGGUCCACCUCCCGAGAUGACCUAGUUGCUGGACAUGGAUUUAACUGGGAGGCGUUUAAGGAUGCUAUGAGGGAUAGGUUUUACCCUGAACAUGUCAAAAUGCAGAAAUUCGAUGAGUUUGCUAACCUUAGGCAGAGAAACAUGUCUGUCCAGGAAUAUCAUUCCAAGUUCCUAGAGCUAGCUAGGUUUGCACCUACCAUGGUCCCUGAUGAGAGAGCUAAGGCAAACAAAUUCAUUCGAGGUUUGAACUUUGACACCCAGAAGGUUGUGAUUGUUUUGAGAUGCCAAACCUUGCAAGAAGCUUAUGUUAGCGCAGCGAGUCACUACAGAGUUGAGAAGCUAGAGGAGGAAAUCAAGUCUAGGGGUAAGAGAAAGGAGGGAGAUUCGAGGAACAACAAUCAGAAUGGGGGAAAUUCUGGAGGCUAUGGGGAUAAAAGGGCUAGGUAUAACAAUGGUGAUCAGGGUUCGGGUAGAGGAUACCAUGGAAAUAACAACAAUUAUCGAGGAAACAAUGGAGGGAAACCCCAAAACCAAGGGCAGAACCAGAAGAGUUGA